AUGACCUCCAAAGACGACUCGCGCAUUACGCCCGCUAACGCUGCCACCAAGCCACAGGCAGGCGGUAGAGGUCACCCAAAUCAUACGAGACCACCACCGUUUGAAAGAACAAAAACCCCUAUUGCUUCUUCCAAGGGGUCUUCUGUUGCCAUCCCCCAGCCCCCUCUCCCUUAUGUACCCGGCGCGUGCUUCGAUAUCAAACCACAUAAGCCCCCGCCUGCGUUCCAUAACGGCAGCGGACACUCUGGGCCAGAUCCCAACGAGUGGGAUGAUGACCCGUGGCCUGGUUUUGAAGGUGCACCCAGCACUAUUGUCGAGCUGUGCCUCGAGCACCGGCCCAGGAGAACAAGCCCUCCUCCUGACCAAGCCCCUCCUCACGAAGCUACACGCCGCCUCCAAGUCACACAGCAGAUCCGUUGCGGUGACCCAUGCAAUGCCCAAGUAGUGAGGUGCCGUGUUUACGGAAAAGGCAUUGACGGGAAGGAGGAGCUAGACGGGAAAGACCUAGUCGCCAAGAUCUUUGACCCUCUUUAUAUCGGGCUUGAAAAGUGUGAGGAACACGAAUGCUCACCUACCUACUUUGCUGAGCACUACUACUCCUCUGAGGCGGCUGCCUAUAUCAGGAUUAAGGAGAAGAAGCUGGAUGGAAAAUAUACACCUAGGUUUGAAGACUGCUGGUUUCUGGAGCUACCUCUUUAUGAUGCCGAGGGCCGCUUGAUGGCCCGCCGUGAGGUCCGCCUAAUCCUGCAGCAAUUUAUCCCCGGCGAUACUAUGGAGGCUCUCAUCAAUCGUGGGGAAGUAGAGAAGAUCGACCCUACGGUUCGGAUGGGCUUACUAGACCGCUUAAUGGAGGCCCAUAGCCAGCUCAGCUGGGUCGGGGUGCAGUCCAACGAUCUGCAUCCUAGGAACUACAUGGUAUCGAAAGAUUCGAUCGACUUUGAUGGGUGGCAAAUUACGCUGAUUGAUUUUAGCCACUCUCGUGUGCUAGAACAUCCCGACAGUGAUCGGAAAGACAGGCCGCUGCCCGAAUCUCCAAUUACCACUCUGGGACGCUGUUGGCCGCCUAGGUGUCAGCGCUGGAUACCAAAGGAAUACGACUGCCGCAAUAAGGAAAGCUUUGAUAGAAGACUCAAGUGGAUGAAGAAGCGGUGGGAAGGCAUGAGCGAGUAUGGGCCUAUCAAUUCCGAGUGGCUUCCUAAGCCGCCCUGA